AUGGCCAGCUCCAGUGCCCCGAGGCAGUCGUUUGGCUGCCUGUCAAAAAUUGGCCCGCGGUUCGCCUCAGCCCGGGCAGCCACGUUCUCGACAACGGCUGCACAAUGCAAGCUCAAGACCAAGGACAACAACAAGAACCGAGGGGUCAGCAGCCUGUAUGGAUCAGGGCCCCGGGAGCACCUUUCCAUGUCCGACAUACCUCUGCCCAAACCGCGAGACUUCAAACCAAAGGUCGCAGUCGACGAGGACCACGGCCUCUGGGGUUUCUUCCCGGAACCCGGAAAGGCGUUGUGGUCGCCCAAGGAAACCGAGCAGCACGGAAGAGCAUGGACCGUGGAAGAGCUCCGAAGGAAGUCGUGGGAAGACCUGCAUUCGCUCUGGUGGGUGUGCUGCCGGGAGAGGAACAUGCUUGCGACGUCCAGGGCGGAGCUGGCGAGGGGCAAGUUUGGAUUUGGUGAGCGGGAGAUUGAGGCGCGAGACGGAGAGGAUGCCGUUGAUGUGGCCGGGUCAGAUCCUGAAAUUGACAUGCACGCCCAGGACGGCCAGGUUUACAGACCCGCGGGGUAUGAGGAAGAGGAAGACGCUGCCGUCGAAGAGGCUUGGGCGAAGGAGAAGAGUGCAGAGGAGGAGCCGAUCAAGGACGAGAGGGAACUCGGCCGGUGA